AUGGCGAAGAAAGAAGACAUCACUCCCCCUCAGCUUGAAUGCCCACCUGACCAACAUGUAUAUGGCGACCCUUUCCAGACUCAUGCCAAGGUGAACUGGAUCACGCCUACCGCAUGGGACUUUCCGGAUGGUACCGUGAGUGUUCAAAAAUCCUCCAGUCGUAACUCUGGAUACCCCAUUUCUGAACCUGGCGCGACAAUUGGUUUCUACGCAAGAGACAGGAGUGGAAACAUGGCAAAAUGCAACUUUAAUAUAUACGUCACUGUGAUACGGUGUCCAGUUCUAAAACGGAUGACCGACGGUUAUGUCAUCUGCCAUAGAAGUGAUGACAUGGUGCUUGGUUCUUACUGUGAAUUCGGAUGUUACGAAGGGCAUGAACUCAUUGGACCGAACUAUACCGAAUGCUUGUCUACGGGACGUUGGUCGUCAUGGACAAUUCAACAACCUGGCUGCCAAAAGCAUUCCUGUGGUCCACUGUUACCUUCACCACUGCUAAGCAUCACAUACACCAAUGGUAAUUUGUUUCGAUCUAUCGCUACGUUCACUUGUACCAGUGGGUAUGACGUACCUGUGGGCAUGAGGCGAGUGUCGGUGUGUGGAGUUGAUCAGUUAUGGAGUGCUCCUGUUCCUAACUGUGUAGACAUUGAGCGACCGAGUUUUAAACGAUAUCCGUCGUCGAAGACCUUCUAUAUUGCUCGCCAUGACGUCACUGUAGCGGUAUACUGGGAGGCCCCGGAAGUGGAGGAUAACUCUGGAGACAUUUUAGCUGUAGUACAGAUUGCAGGCCCUUCUCAAGGUGAUGCUCUGGAGGUUGGCACAUAUACUGUAACAUAUACAGCAACCGAUAGUGCUGGCAAUACCGCAAGGCCUCUCAACUUCAAAAUCACCGUCAGAGAAAUCAGGUGUUUCCACGUGUAUCCAACGCCAUAUACAUCUGUUACCUGUACGGGUAACCGUCUAGGAUCUACGUGUCGAUUUGAGUGUUCAGAUGGCGCCACACUGAAUGCUUCCUCAUCUAUAACCAGCUGUGAGCAAGAGGGAACUCCUCCGUAUGGCCUAUGGGACUGGGGAACACAACAACCAUUUUGUGAAUUGUCAGAGAAUUGUCAGCUUCCUGAAGCGCCUGAUAAUGGAGCACUGGCUUGUGACUACUGGUUAGGGGGGCGAUUCUGUCAGCCGCAGUGCCAGAUGGGAUACGAUAUUUCAGUUAGAAGCACUGCCGUUGAUCUACUUAUCUGUAAUGAUGAUGGUAGCUUGUCAUGGGAUCUGCCUCUCCCCAACUGCAUGCGUUCAAGUUCAUCUAGGGGAACAAGAAGAACUGUUGAAGUAGUUUUCUUCACGGGAAGUUGCACUGACGAGUCAACACAGAUGGAAAUCAAGCAAAAUUUCAUUCAGAAACUUCAGUCUACUUCUUUCAGUCAUGGUUGUGACAUAUCUCCGAAAUGUAGUUGGAAAAACGUAAAGGUGAUAUGUGGCAACACAAAUGGAAAGCGAUCGACAGGCUUCACCAUCACCUUUGACAUUGCGCUGAAUUCCUCAGCAGUUAUGGACGGAGAAGAAUACUACAGUCAAUUUAUGGAAGGCGAGUCACUUAUCGAGAGCUUGAGAGUUGAUAUGGCAUUGGGAACACUGACAAUACAGAUGAACGAUAACACCACUACGGAAGCUGCUGAAAUCUUGAAAAGUAAUUUGGGACUCCAAUGUGAAGAAAACACAGUCGCUUCUAUGAAAACUUUUACUUGUGUUGAAUGUCAGAGUGGAAGUUACUAUGACGCCGCCAGUGAAGAAUGUGUAUUAUGUCCAAUCGGCCAAUAUCAGUCAGAGUCCAGGAAAAGUACAUGUGUACAAUGUCCAUAUGGUACAUCUACUUCUACAACAGGCUCUUCAAGUCCUACAAGUUGUCAGGCGGCUUGUCCUCCUGGUUCUUCGUCUCCGUCCUCUCUGCCUCCGUGUACACCUUGUGACAUAGGAUACUACCAAAGCGAAUACGGAGCCACAGUCUGCAGUGCCUGCCCGGGGAACAAAAUCACCAAGAACGAUAAUUCUUCAUCAGAAACGGAUUGCGUCGAGUUUGAUGUGUACUUCCCUGACAACCAGACCGCCGGCGUAAUUCUCGGUCAAAUAGAAACACUCUCCUUGACGGAAUACACUGUUGUGUGGUGGCAACAGUGCAGCACUGUAUGCAUAGGAGAAGUCUUUGCAUUAAAUGAUGAGACAGGGACGAACUCCUUAACCGUGCAAAUGCUAUCGACAAUAGUAAUCGGUGUAGAUGGACAGACAAUCAACAGCGGUCUCACUGUUCCUGAUGACGGAGAGUGGCAUGUGUUUAUGUUAAAAAGAAGACACGCCUGUCUAGAGUGUUAUAUGGACAUGUCCCUUGUAAUGAACAUCACUGAAAUUACUGUGCAGAGCGUUUUUGGCGGUGUUGUCAAACUUGGGGGAACUUCAUUCGAAGGAACCAUAUCCCAGCUGAACGUGUUCACCGAAUCGAAUCCGUUGGUAACAGACAGAUGUUUUAACGAUGCAACCGGUGAUGUAGUAAGCUGGAGGAGUAUUCUAAACGCCACGAUGAAUGACGCCUUUAUACAAAUUCCUAGUGUUUGUGAUGACAUAAAGGAAUGUGAUUCAAAUCCGUGUAUCCAUGGGAACUGUACUGACGAAUACCACAGGUACCAAUGUCAGUGCGAUGUUGGUUAUACUGGAAGUGAUUGUGAUGUUGACAUUGACGAUUGCGACGCGAAUUCCUGCCAAAAUAACGCCACUUGUCAGGACAGUGUCAAUAACUACACAUGCCAAUGUUUGCCAAACUUCACAGGAGUUCUCUGUGAAAUUGCUUUCGUUGACGGUGGAUGGAAUGCGUGGGGAAAUUGGACAGAGUGUAGUGUAACAUGUGGUAAUGGCACGCAGACUCGUAUUCGAGCCUGUGACAAUCCUGCCCCGGACAAUGGUGGCGCAGAGUGCGCUGGUGACAGAACUGAAACAGAGAUUUGCGUACAGGAGACCUGUCCUGAGUGUGGAGAACUAGUUCCGCCAGCCAAUGGUUCCCUGAACUGUGCCAAUGACGGCGUGGAUACCGUUUGCGAACUGGAAUGUGACGAAGGCUUUGCGACAGAUAUCCCUAUCCCUGACAAUUACACGUGCGGCAACUCUACUUUCGACCAGUGGGAUUUUAAAAUUGAUACCAAUGUCUUCACACGGCUUCCGUCCUGUAUAGCAACGACUGACCCAGACGACAUGAGGGCAAUUCGAACUUCUUACUACGAUGGCUUAGACUGUGAUACUCUGAUGUCGAACGAAGACUCUCGAAUAACUGUACUGGGUAAACUCGGAGUGGUUGUAAAUUCUCUGACUGGCGUACAGAAUAAUGAUUGCAAGGAGGAUCAGAAGUUUAUCAACACUUGUGAGGAUAGGCGAAAACGAGAUACUUCUUCCGACUCAGCGGGGUACUCCGUCAUGCUUCACUGCGAUUCAAAAUCAAAAGGCGCGGCUGAAUGUUACGAGAUCCUAACACAGGCGGUGAUUGAUUUGGAAAGAUUGGAGGAGCUAGGUGAAACAAACAUCAUAAUAGAUGGCGUUCAAUACAUAGUGAACAUCAGUCAGUCUGUAUCCGAUUCCAUUUUAAACUGCCCUGUAGGAAUGGUGGAAGUCUUUUCCUUCUGUGUUCCUUGUGGACCUGGCCGGUAUUACACUGAAGAUGAGUGUGAACUCUGUGAUAUUGGAUCAUACCAGGACACUACACAACAAACUUUCUGUAAGGCCUGUCCAUCAGGAACAUCUACGGAGGGUACUGGUUCUAUCAGCAUCACAGAAUGUUCCGUUCUUUUGCCCGUUGAGGAUUCCGCCAAAGAAAUGGAAGAAGCAACCAUUGGGUCAGUUGGGAUGAUUGCUGGAAUUGUUGCUGGAACUGGACUCGUGAUAACUUUUAUCGCAAUACUUACUAUAAAGAGGCUUUAG